AUGGCCGAAGUCACAUUGACGAAAGGCCAUGAUGCGCCCCUUGAGAGCAAGGAUGUCGAUACUCUUGAAGCUGUUGUCUCAAUCAACCAAGCAGAUUACCACAACCUUACUCAUGCCCCGAAUGCUAAUGUUAUUGUGAUUGCGAGCGAAAAGAAGACGGUUCGAAGCCUGCGACCCCGCCAUAUACAGCUCAUGGGUCUAUCCGGAGCCAUUGGCACAGGCUUGUUCGUCGGCACAGGCUCAGCUCUCGCCAGAGCGGGACCUCUGGGUCUCUUCCUGGGGUACGCAAUAUAUUCUCUUCUCGUGUGGUCUACAUUCAAUGCCAUGGGCGAAAUGGUUGUGUGGCUACCGGUCGAUGGGUCCUUUGUCGUCUUUGCGCACGCCUAUCUCGACGAAGCCUGGGGCUUUGCUCUUGGUUGGCUGUACAUCAUCACGAACUCCCUGGCUACCGCGGGUGAGGUCUCAGCCGUUGCAGCCAUCUUCGGUUUCUGGACGGACUCGGUCAGCAACGCUGUCUACGUGGCAAUCAUCACCACGUCUCUAUUGGUCAUGAACAUCUUUGGUGUCCGUAUAUACGGUGAAGGAGAGUUCUAUUUCUCUCUGUUCAAGAUCAUGCUGAUCUUGGGGUUGGUCACAAUGACUUUCAUUCUCAUGGUUGGCGGCAAUCCUCAACACCAUGCCUUUGGCUUUCAGUACUGGAACAAUCCAGGACCCAUGAACGCAUACAUUGCAGUGGGAUCUUGGGGUAACUUCCUAGGCUUUUGGUCUGUCUUUAUUCAGGCCGCUUACGCUUUCGGUGGUCCCGAUUACAUUGCCCUCUGCGCUGGCGAAGCUCGAGCUCCUCGUCGCGUCAUGCCAUCGGUCUUCAAGCGUGUCAUCUAUCGACUAGCGGUUUUCUACAUCUUGGGUGUGUUAGCCGUCGGUAUCAUUGUUCCACACAAUGAUCCGUCUCUCACGUCGGGAAAACCGGGUGCAGGAGCUUCGCCUUUCGUGAUUGGUGUCACCCGACUGAAAAUUCCCGUUCUCCCACACAUCAUCAAUGCCGUUCUCAUCACUUCCGCCUGGUCUUGCGGUCUCGAACUUUUCUUCGCGUCCACCCGAUCAUUGUACGCGCUUGCAAUCGAUGGGAAAACUCCCAAAUUCUUCCUCUUCACGUGGAGAGGUGUUCCCACAUUCUGUGUGCUUGUUGUCUGGCUAAUCACUCUGAUUUCCUACAUGUCGGCAUCGAACAAUUCUCUCACCGUCUUCACUUGGAUCACCAAUAUCGUCGGAUCUUCGAAUGUUCUGAUUUAUUCCAUCUUCCACUUCAUCUAUAUCCGGUUUCGACAAGCACAGCAGGCUCAAGGGGUCACGGAUGAUGAUCGACCAUGGUUCCGACGUCACCAGUACUACUACUCCAUCGUCUCUCUCUUCUUCUACCUGAUCAUCUUCUUCACAAACGGAUUUGCUGUCUUCACGAAAGGGAACUGGUCUACGGCCAACUUCAUUUUCGCGUAUUUCUCCUUCGCCCUGUUCGUGGUCAUCUACGUGGGCUACAAAGUCAUCAAGCGUCCCCAUAUGGUACCUCCGAAAGAAGUGCCUCUGUACGCAGGUCGGACUGAGGUUGACAUGGAUGACGGAUAUGUUGAGCCAGAGCCCACGACAAGGGUGGGGAAGUUCAACAGAUGGCUGUGGGGUUAG